AUUUUAUAAUAUUUUCAAGACAUACCAACAAUUUCGUUCAUGUUAUUUUUUUAACAUUUAUGUACGUUCUCAUGUUUUUAUUUACCACCACAACCUCCGGCUUGCCUCGUAUUACUAAACCCCCACAGAUUUGAACCCAACCACAACUCUUCCCCUUCUUCCCCCUCUCCACUCUGCUCCAAAGUAAAAAAAGCUCCAUCCUUUCGUCUACCUUCUCCAUUCCUCCAACCCCUCUCUCCCUUUCAUCCACUCAAUUCCCCGCAACCAUCAUCUUCAACCUCCAGCCAGCCGGCCAAAACCAGAAAAAAGAAGCCUCCUCUACUUCACUUCGAUCGUCAAGUUCCUACAUAAAUGGCUCAUCCUCCUAAUCCAAAGCACUUAUUCGAGCUCUUACAAGACGACCAGGAGCCUUUCUUGCUCGAAAACUACAUUGCCGACCGCCGCUGCCAAAUCAUCCAAACCAGAGUCCAAUCCAACCACCACCACUCUUCUUCCAAUCUCAAGAAACGGAGACCCAUUUCGCGAAACUUAGCGAGGAGUGCUUGUUUCUUGUCUUUCGCUGCCGAAUCCCCUGUUCCAAAAUCGCCACUCUGUUUCCCGAGAUCCCCUGUCGUCGGUAGCCCUGCCUCUGCUCUCCACCGCUCCAAAACGGCGUCGCUUCUCCUGGAAGCCGCGCUCCGAAUCUCGCAGAAGCAUCAGCAGAGGUCGGGCAAGGCGCGGAACGGAGGGAUUUUCGGAUCUCUGCUCCGGCGGCUCACGCAGGGACGGCGGAAGGGCGGUAAUAAAAUCGACGGCGGGGAGAGCGGCAGGGUGUCGGUGAAGGAUGUUCUGCGGUGGGAUUUCAACGAUUCGCCCUCAGCCGGGCCCUGCAGCGCGGUUUGGUCGGAGGGUACUAAUGCCGAUUUGGAUUUGGACGGUUGUUCCUCCGCCGGCCGGAGCAGCUGCGACGAGGAGAUGGAGUUCGUCGACGAGAUCGUCGAUUUCAUUUCCUCCGAUAACCACAAGCAGUUCUGCGAGAGCCCUUUCCGUUUCGUCCUUGAGACCAGCCCUUCCUCGUCCGGCUGCCGGACUCCAGACUUCUCGUCGCCGGCCGCUUCUCCGAUACGUCUCAACGCCGAGGGGAAUGAGAAUAACAGCGAUGGCGAAAGCUUGAAGAAGUGCCAAGUACUGAAACAACAAGCCGGUAAUGGAGAAGGAGAUGGAGAGGAAGAAGAGAAGGAACAAUGCAGCCCUGUUUCAGUUCUCGACCCACCCUUCGACGACGACGAUGAGGAUGACGAAGAGGACUGUGAUGACAAUGAAACAGAGGACGACGGUUUUGAUAUGGAGAGCAGUUUUGCAUUUGUACAAAGAGCAAAGCAACAGCUGCUCCAGAAGCUCCGACGAUUCGAGAGGCUUGCAGAGCUCGACCCAAUCGAGCUUGAGAAACUAAUGCUCGAGCAUGAUGAUGAUGACGAAGAAGAGGAAAUAGAAGAAGGGGAAGGUGAGAAGAGCCAGUUUGUGAUAGAUGAGCUUAUUAACAAGUCGAGCUUCCAAUGUGUUCCUCGAGACAUGAAGAGGUUGGUAUCCGACCUCAUCCACGAGGAGGAGCGAGGAUCGACUCGUACCAAUAACAACAUCACCUCGAGUGCAAGUGAAGAAGCUGUGGCGAAAAGGGUGUGCAAGAGGUUCGAAUCAUGGAAGGAAGUGGAGUCCAACACCACUGAGAUGAUGGUGGAGCAAGAUUUCGUUCGAUCGGAGGGCGAAUGGAGAGAGAAUCGAGACGAGGUCUUGGAUGCAGUGGUUGAGAUUGAAGUUGCCAUCUUUGGGUUGCUGGUUGAGGAGCUAGCAGAGGAGUUAGUGAUACUAACACAUGGUGGUGGUCCAUUGAUGGUAUGAAAAAUGGGUACAAGAGGUGGUGGGGGGAAAGGGGGAAUUGAAUUUUUGGCUCCACUUUGUUUAUUUGAUUUUUUUAGCAUUAGUUAUUACAUAUCUAUUAGAGUAAAUUAUUACAGUCUAACAAUGGGAUAAUGGAGAAGGUAUAGGCUAAUGAGAGAGAGAGGAUCCUGAGGCCAGAUAGAGGUAAAAGGAUCUGAGAUUUAGCAAAUGGUCAGUUAGUAGCUGCUAUCCGGUAAUCUAUAUGUAAAUGAAUUAUGUAUCAUUUGUUCAAUGAGGCAUAAAAAUGCAUAUUUUCUCUGCUCUUUC